UUAAAGAUGAGGUUGGGAAGCUGGAAGUGGACUGCAGAGGAGAAGUGGUGGUCGAUGUCGUCGUCUUGGUCGUUGUUUUGGCCGUCGCGCUCGCUGGACUGGAGAUAGCGGGAAAAGGGCAUUGGGGCGGACGGCGCGGGGAGGAGGCCGCGGGAGAGUCGGGCGACGACUUUGCGAGUGAGUCGUGGGGACAGGCGGGCGGAGAGGGCUGCUAGCUGGCAAAGGCUGAGGCUGGGGCGGCGGCGGGGCUGGGAGGAGGAGGAAAGGAUGUCGAGGAGGUGUGUCCACCAUUUCUGUCAUUCCACAGGAUACCAAAUCGGGAGAGAAGUGUGGGGGACAGGAGCCAAUCGGCCUCGAGGCAAGCCAAGUGGGUGCCUCCGCUCUUUUCGCACUCGCCCCUGGGCCUCCGUCCUCGAUGUCGUUCUCUCCGUCAUCCUCGCGCCCCCACCGCGAGCUCGUUCUCCCACUGCUCCCCGUGAUCGUGGCGCGACGGAGUACAGCUUGCCGUAAGUCACCCAGCCCCUCUCUCGAGCGCCGCCGGCUGCGAACAACGAUCUCGGCGACCGAGAUGGCCGACGGCUUGGCCCUCGACGACGACGUGCGCCCAACGGCCGGCAAGCUCGCAAGCUUGACCCCAGCCCGGGCCGCGAGAGCGGGACGCACGUCCACCACCCAUUGUUGGAAAACAUGUGCCGUCGCCCCCACUGUACAGGACGCGCUCCGGACGGCGAGGCCCAGGGCCAGGACGGGACGAGUCGUCCCACCUCCCUCGGAGAUCGUUUACCCGAUGCGCCAUCGUCAUCGAUUCCGGCUCUCCCUGCUCACUUUAGCUCGCCAUGGGUGUCCUCGAUAUCGUUCCUCCCGGCGUCUUGACUGGCGACAACGUCCGCAAGCUCUUCGAGUACGCAAAGCAGAACCAGUUCGCCAUCCCCUCCAUUAACGUCACCUCCUCAUCCGUCGCCAACUCCGUACUUGAAGCUGCGCGCGACAUAAAGGCCCCCAUCAUCAUCCAGGUCUCCCAGGGCGGCGCCGCAUUCUUCGCCGGAAAGGGUCUUCCCAAUGACAAGCAGCAAGCCUCCAUCGCCGGUGCCAUCGCCGCCGCCCACCACGUUCGCACCGUAGCCAAGGAAUACGGCGUACCCGUAGUCCUCCACUCGGACCACUGCGCCAAGAAGCUCCUCCCCUGGUUCGACGGCAUGCUCAAGGCAGACGAGGAAUACUUUGCUCAGCACCAGGAGCCUCUCUUCUCCUCACACAUGCUUGAUCUCUCCGAGGAGUCCAAGGAGGAGAACAUCGACACCUGCGUCAAGUACUUCAAGCGCAUGGCCCCCCUUGGCCUCUGGCUCGAGAUGGAGAUCGGCAUCACCGGUGGUGAGGAGGAUGGUGUCGACAACACCGGCGUCGACAACUCCAGGCUCUAUACCCAGCCGGAGGACAUCUGGGAUGUCUACACUGCCCUGUCCAAGAUCGGCCCUAACUUCUCCAUCGCCGCCGCCUUUGGCAACGUCCACGGUGUCUACAAGCCCGGUAACGUCCGCCUCCACCCCGAGCUCCUCAACAAGCACCAGCUUUACGCCGAGGAGAAGCUCGGCGGCGGCAAGAAGAAACCCCUCUUCCUCGUCUUCCACGGCGGCUCUGGCUCCACCAAGGAGGAGAUCAAGACCGCCGUCCAGAAUGGCGUCGUCAAGAUGAACGUCGACACCGACACUCAGUGGGCGUACCUCACCGGCAUCCGCGACUUUAUCCAGAACAAGUCGGGAUACCUGCAAACUCAGGUCGGGAACCCCGAAGGCGCUGACAAGCCGAACAAGAAGUACUACGACCCGCGUGUAUGGGUUCGCGAGGGCGAGAAGACCCUAGUUCAGCGUGUCAAGGAAGCCAACGCCGAUCUUGGCAACACGAACCGUUUGUAGUGCGCGGAUGGUGGCCUUGGCAAGACAGAAGUCGAUGACACGAGGGCUCGCCAGGCUGUGAUCGGACGAAGAAGUAAAGUCGUGUGUAGAUUGUACCUAUAACAAUCCAACUUCUCCAACCGCCGGUGCCAGCAACGUAAACCACCGUUGGCGUACACAUUUCAUCCUAUCUCGGUCAGGAGCCGAUCGUGGGGCACGGAGCCAGGUGAGACUCGAUGGCCGGAGAGGGGCCCAAGGUGGCGAUGCCAGAUGGGCCGCGGAAGAAAGAGGCCGAUCGCUCUCACUUGCCGCGGCAAUUACGUGCGGGCUCGAGAUUGCACCGGGUGGCGUGACACUGCGCUUGCGACGUUAGCUUGAGCGGCCAGAGAGGGGCUUUGAUAUGGCAAUCCUCGCAAUUACAGCGGGUGCAUUCAUGCGCAAUGUUCGCAGUCAAGACUUGGCCGUCCAUUCCAACAACCACCAGAUGGUUAGAUACAUAAGUUGGCGCCGCAAGCAGGAGAUCUCAGUUCAGCGAAAUCUCUUCCGUCUCUCCAACGUCAUCAUCGAGGUCGUUUGCGCUUCCCAACGGCCGCUCCUUCUCCACAGGCGGAGGCGGCGGGACCUCCACGCUAGACGGCGCAACGACAUCGACGGUUGUCAACUCGCCAUCAUCAUCCGUCGACGCGCUGACGCUCUCCCGCUUUGCAGGUGCGCUCGGAGCAGACGCCUCCUCGCCCGCGGAGGUGACGGACAUCGAUGGGGGAACCGCCGGGACGGGAGGUGGGGGCUGAGCCGGGUUGGGCGACGGGAAGCGGAAGUUCUUGCUCAUCGUGCCCUUGCGCACCCGGCCGGGCCGAUCGUCGUCGUCCUCUUCCUCUUCCUCGACGGGCUCGUGCUCUUCGGGAAUCUUGCGCGAGCUCGUCGGCGCAGACGUUUGACUGGGCGAAACGGUCGGCGGAGAGGCUGCGGACACGCGUUGAGGAGGCAUGGACUGGCGGUUGAUGGCGUGCUUCUGCUGGGUGGGCGAGGAGUUCGCGCUUCGCUGCGAGGGAGAGGACAGGUUCGCCUGAGACAUGGACUGCGGGCGGAAGUGGGAAGGCGACGAUGGGCUCUCGCCGAGGUAGAAGGGACGGAUGGGCAUCAUCCUGGCCAUACCCCUUGUUGAACAUCAGCUCGCAAGGAGACAAGGCGGUGGACUCACUUCUUCUCUGUGUGGCAGGCGAGGAUCCAUUGCGGCUGGACCACGGGUAUGCUGAGCUGGAGGGCCUUUUGGUACUCGACUCCGGGUCCAGUGACUAUGCCACUCGUCGCUUGUGCGCCGCUGGGCGUCGCAGCGGGAGUAGUGCAGACGAAGUGAGUGGUAUCGAUCUGGAUCUUGUCGCUCCACUUUGCGCCCAUCUCUCCGAGAGCCAUUUUGGCGUUCUCGAGCAGCACCUCGUCCUCGACCGUCCCGAAGCAGACAGAGAUCCCAGAGGUGUCGGUCAUGGUGUGUGUGCGCACGCGGAGGAGGUUGGAAGGGUAGACGCCAGCGGUGGUACGCAGAACGAGCUGGAAGGUAUACUCGGUAUCAAGCUGCAGACCAGAGACUUUGGUGGAGGUGUUGGUGAGGGGCGAUGGGAUCGCCGCGACGCGCUGGCGAUCGCGGUAGAGGUCGAGAGAACGGAGUUUAGCGGUAGCAAGCUCGAGCCGGGGCCACUCGAGGGUAACAGAGGUUUGGGUGACGUUGCGCAGCUGCGAGUGCAUGUAGACAGUGCUAUACGUUACAAGCGAUGGUGGCGUACCUCAAGCCUGGGAUUCUCUGGAGUCUUUGUGCCAAAUUCAUCAAGGAUAUCGUUCUGAAGGCUCCAGAACUCGUUCUCCCUCUUCUUCUCCUCGGUAACAUUCCUCUGGACGGAUAUGUUCACAAUGGACCCCGUAGAGACGCCAGGCGGUAGCAGCAGCGAAGGGAACUCGAUGAGGUGUGCGCGCUCUCCGAGAAGAAUCGCCAUACCGGCAUCGAGCUUGCCGACCGUGAACAUGAAGCUGUCUUGUGAGACCGCCAUGUUGGCAGACAGUUGAGUACAAGGUGAAUGUUGCAAAGG